AUGCCGUUCCCGCCCGCGCCGCCGCCGCCGCCCACCCCGGCCCCGGGGGUCCCCGCCGCGCGCCCGCCGCCCCGGAAGCCCGGCGCCCCGCGCAAGGCGGCGGCGCCCGCCUGCGCCCCGCCCGGACCCUCGCCGCCCGCCGCGGCCGCCGAGAAGAAGCGGCGGCCUCCCGAACGGCCCCCGGGGCCGCUGUCCAGCUCCUGGCCCUCCGCCACCCUGAAGCGGCCUCCGGCCCGCCGCGCCCCCGGCCCGGCCUCCCCGCGCGCCCCGGCCCCGUGCGCGCCCCGGCCGGCCGGCUCCGGCGACGGCCCCGCGGGGACCGCGGCCUCGGGGGCGCGGACAGCCGCCUCGGGCGCCGGGCCCGACGCCGCCCUGCGCUUCUCGCUGAGCCUCACGCCCGAGGCCGUGCUGGUCAUCCAGCGGCGCCACCUGGAGAGGCAGCUGCUGGCGCGGCCCCGGCGGGCGCCCCCCGCCGACGCCGGGCGCCCGGCCGCCCCCUGCCCCCGGGCCGCGGGCCUCGGCCGCCGCCCCGCGCCUCCGCCGCCGCCCGCCCCCGGCCCGCGGCCCGCCGACCUGCGCUCGCUGCUCAAGGUGUCGCUGCUCAACGAGCGGCACAAGUACGACGACGUGGAGUACGAGGAGGAGGCGGCGGCCGCCGACGAGGGCCUGGUGCGCAAGUGCACCGAGUGGCUGCGCGGCGUGGAGUCGGCGGCCGCCGCGCGCGACCGGCCGCGGCCCCUGGACGCGCGGCCGCACCUGAGCUCGCUGUGA